AUGGAGCCUGCUAGUUUCGCCGUUGGCAUUGUCGGGCUCGCUGGUCUCUUCAGCUCCUGUCUUGAGGCCAUCGACAAGGUGCAAUCGUAUCGCUCAGCCCGGGCUGAUGCAGACGUGCAAGAUACCUUGUUCAAUGCCGCCAAAGUCCGCUUCGAGCAAUGGGGACGAGGCGUAGGGAUCGAUCAAGGGAGACUGCUGGACGAUCAUCACCCGGCGCUGGACGAGAAAGGCAUAUCAACAUCUGUGCGUGACCUCUUACACUUCAUCAUCAAGUUCAUCUGCGACGACAGCCAUGCGUCUUCUCGACGCUCGACCCAAGCCGCCGGGAUGGGCGACAACUUGCUAGGGUCGCACCAGUCGCGGGCUCGAAACGGCCCGUCGUCCGAGCCAAGGAGACGUAAACUGGCAUGGGCUUUCUGGGGUAAGGGAGAACGCACAGAGCAGGUCAAUCUGUUUGAGAGGUUAGUCCAGGAAUUGCAUAAUAUUGUGCCGCCACGCACCGCAAAGGGUUCACGGCAGAUAUACAACCCGGACGUUAGGCCGGCAGACACGCAUACAGAUGCGUCAGGGACUUCCUUAAACAACAGUUUGUCUGCCGAGCUGCGACAGAUCCUGGCACGAAUCGAAGGAGAGAUUCGAGCUGAGACGCGACGAGAAAUUCACUCAUGGCUUGGUCAACGCCUCCCAAACGACCGGUAUCACGACUCACUUCAACGGAGACUAGUGGGCACCUGCGACUGGAUUCUUUCCCAACCAGCAUUCACACAAUGGCUCUCCCUAGAGUCAAAUACAAACGCAAAACUGCUGUGGAUCAACGGGCCGCCAGGGUUCGGAAAAACGAUCCUCUGUGCCCGCAUCGUCGAGCACCUGUCUUCUACACUCCAAACGCCCGUCGCCCACUACUUCUUCUCCUCCGAUCUCGAGACCCGUGACGACCCUUUCUCAAUCAUACGAGCAUGGGUCUCUCAGAUCGUGUCUUCUCACGAAGAUGCGUUUGAAUACGUCCGUCAAAGGUGGGAGGCGGACUGCGAUCCUGUUGUGACGCGUGCCACUACCCUGACGAUCUUCAAGCGGCUCCUCCACAUUGUUCCUGACUGCAUCUGCGUGGCUGAUGGACUAGAUGAAUGCACUUCCUUAGAUACAGGAAACUCCUCGCUCAUGGCAUUCUUUCGAUCUGUUGCAGAUGCCAUGUUAGGAACAAACACUAGAGUCCUUCUAGUAAGCCGCGAUGAGCAGAGGAUCCGAUACGCGGUCACAGACAACGCUCUCAACAGCUUUACUGAGCACAAGAUAUCGCCUGACGACGUGCGGCCAGACACGACCGUUGUUUCAAGAGAGAUCAUCGACAGGAAGCUGCCAAACAAAGGCGAUAAUGUCCGGUCAUCCCUAUCCGAAGCAAUGGCCAGUCGAUGUGACGGCCAGUUUCUUUGGCUUACAAUGCAAGAGCCUGCUCUAAGAAAAGGCAUGAACACAAAACAGCUGCAGCAGGCCAUCAACAAUAGCCCGACUGGACUUGACCAUCUCUACGAUCACGCCUGGACCAGAAUUACUCAAUAUGGAGAGCCGGACAAAGCUCGUGCCUUUUCCCUCUUGCGUCGGGCAGCAUUUGCACUCCGGCCGCUUACUGUUUGCGAGAUCACUGAAGCUGCCCUUAUCGACGAUUCUGAAGACCUACUGUUGGAGGAACUCCCGGACGCCCUAGAUGCCGACUACAUUGAAACCGAGAUUGUUGGUCUUUGCAGCCCCCUCUUAAUGGUUCGGAGCGAGUCGUCAGGCUCAGACAUUGGCCACCAGACAGUGUGUUUAGUGCACUUUACUGUCCGGGAAUAUCUUCUUCCCAACCUUCCCCUGCCGACCUGGUUGAGGCAAAACCAAUACCUGCAUGCAUCCCAUGAGAAAUUACAGAACACAUCUCUUGCAAAAGCAUGUAUCCAUUAUAUCAGCUCACAGAGAUGUUGGGAUAUUAGCCCUCUCAAUUCAAAAUCCCCUGUUGGCGUCUCGCUCCGCAACUACGCGGCCACAUCCUGGCACCAACAUAUCAACUUAGGCUUACAUAGUAACACAGCAGUGUCAAAGGUUGUCAGGGAUUUUUUGGACGUAAGAAAUCAAACAUGGAUAUCGUGGAGGACAAUGAUAGAGUUGGAAAAUUCAAAACAAGAAAACAGACUGGUGGAGAUCAAUCCGCUGGGGCCAUUGUACUACGCUGUGAGGUAUCAAUUGACAAGCGAGGUCAGCUUCCUUAUUAAAGAGAAGGGAUACGACGUAAAUGAAAGCAGCGGUUUGGGAAGAUCGGCAUUGGUUUGUGCGUGUUCUAAUGGCGCUGUAAAAAUUGCAGCUAUACUUCUUGAAAAUGGGACCAAUGCCACCAUCGCUGUCGAAGAUGGAUGGACUCCAAUGCAUGCGGCAUCACAGGAUGGCCAUCUUGAAGUGGUGAAGCUACUUCUUGAGAAAGGGGCCGAUGCCGCUGUUACUGACAACGAUGGACGGACGCCAAUACAUUUUGCGUCACAGGACGGCUAUAUCGAAGUGGUUAAGCUAGUUGAAAACUAUUGA